AUGGUUCGCGAAAAUUCGCAACUUUCGGAAGUGGAAAAGCUGCACUACCUCAAAACCAGUGUGACCGAUGAACCGUUACAACUUAUCAAGAACAUUUCUCUCACCGCAGAAAACUUCCCUCGAGCCUGGGAAACUCUCGUCUCACGAUACGAAAACAAGCGGCUUCUGACUGAUUCUCAUCUCGCGACACUUUUCGCAAUUCCUCGUGUCACUAAAAAAUCAUCAUCGGAACUAAAAAGCUUGCACAGCAACACUUGCGAAGCUCUUGGCGCGCUCGAACUUCUCGAUAGUCCCGAGAAAUUAGGGGAUCACAUCAUCGUGCACAUGACGAUUCGCAAGCUCGACCCAGCAUCUCUCGAAAAGUGGGAGAAAAGUGUUAGCGAGAAACUCGAGCCCCCCACGACUGCGGAGCUCAAGGCGUUUCUCAUCGGUCGCAUCCACACCCUCGAAGCCGUGAAGCAAGCUCAUGCUCAUAAUCAAAUCGCGACGUCGAAACCGCACCCAUCGCAAGGAAGGUCAAAUCUUCAGACGACAAGGUCACAUACAGCGCAAUCAAAGGAACAGUCGUGUGCUUGUUGCAAAGGCAACCACUACAUCGCGUUCUGUUCGACCUUUCGCGACAAAUCUCUGGAUCAAAGGAGGGAAGUGGUUUCUGCGAAAAAGCUUUGCUUCAAUUGUCUCGGUCCACAUCGGCAGAAGGACUGUCGAUCCAACAAAACGUGUCGCAUGUGCAACGGUCGACAUCAUUCCUUGCUGCAUCGAAACUUUUCCUCAAUCUCGACAGCUGCCAACCGCGGCACAUCUCAAGGACAGGCCGCACUAGCGCAACCUGCAGUGCAGAACGCACCGAUCCCGAACAGCGCCUCUCAGGUGAGCAACCACUCAGCCCAGCCUACAAUGAUCAAGCGCUCUCCAGUUCUUCUCGCCACAGUGCAAUUGAUCGCCUCGAAUCCGGAGACUGGAGAAAGAAUCAUCGCUCGCGCUCUACUCCAUCAAGGAUCCGAAAGUUCAUUCGUCACGGAGUCGCUAGCGCAACAAUUGCGAUUACGUCGGCAUCAAGCAACGAUACCGAUCAUUGGCGUCGGAGCUCAUCAAUCGGCAGUGACUCGCGGCAUCGCGACAUUGCAACUCAAAUCUCGUGCUCACACCUCGUUCUCGUGUCAGGUGGAGGCACUCGUGCUGCCACGACUCACAUCGUAUCUACCCUCAUUUCGACUUCUCGUUGAAGACUGGCCUCAUCUACGAGGACUCAACCUCGCGGAUCCAAGCUUUGCACAUCCCAGUCAAAUCGACGUAAUUCUCGGAGCUGACAUCUACAGCAACAUCAUUAGUCAAGGAGUUCGAAGAGGAGCACCAGGAACACCAAUCGCGCAAGAAAAUCAGUUCGGUUGGGUCCUCUCCGGCUGCGUUUCAGCGAAAGCAGCAAGCCCCUCGUAUGGCGCAAUCCAAGGCUUCCAAUGCUCCCUCGAUCACGAACUGCUCGAUCUCGUGCAGCAGUUUUGGAAGCAGGAAGAAGUGUCGAAACCUUUGGCACUAACUUCCGAAGAAGAGCAUUGUGAGCAACACUUUCGCGAAACGGUUUCUCGAACUGCGUCCGGUCGUUACGUAGUUCGGCUGCCGCUCAAAGACAAUUCGGUAGAGCUCGGCAACUCGCGGAAUCCCGCGCAUCAAAUGCUCCUUCGUUUGGGGAAACGGUUUGGUAGCGACGCGAAACUCAAGGAGGCUUACUUGAGCUUCCUUCGUGAAUAUCGUCAACUCGGGCAGAUGCGUCGCGCUAUCAAUAUACCUGAAGACAAUUCCCGCGUGUUUCAUCUUCCCCAUCACGGUGUAGUUCGCGACAGCAGUUCAACAACAAAGUUGCGUGUCGUGUUCAACGGGUCUCGAAGAACCAACCUCGGACUCUCUCUCAAUGACAAUCUUCUCGUCGGUCCAAAAGUGCAAACCGACCUCGCGGACGUUCUCUUACGCUGGCGAUAA